AUGCUCAUCAGCUCAAGCUCUCCUCCCCACUCAACCGCCAACAUUUCGGCCCAAGACUUUACGGUCUUCACCACGGAUUCCCAAUCAACAUGGCUUCCCAAAUCAGCUUCUGCCCUGCCGGCACCAUCCGCGCACCCCCUUCAGACUCCCGACCUGGACAGCUCGCAGCAGGACUUUGUUCUGUUCGACAGCCCUCAUCAACAACCUGCGUCCCUUAAUCGGCCUGCCGUGUCGCUGUCCAGCAGCCAGCGCCGUCAUUCGUACCACAACCGCCGGGAGAAGCCCAUUUCACCCGCUGUCCAGAACCAACGAGUGGCCCAGCUCCAGGGUAUCGGAAAUCAAUCUCUGUCGCCAGUACGCAACUUUGCCCAUCACCAGUUUUACGCCUCUUCGGCCCCUUCAUCGACCGUCUCCUUGAACCAGAAUCGUCUCACGUCCAGGCCUCCCGUGCCGCUCUUCAACCAAAAUCCCGGCACUGAUAUCUUCGAAAUCGCCAAGAUGAUGAACGCUGCAGACGUCGACCUGGAUGAAUUCACCGCCUUCGAGGGCGGGGCCUCGACGGGCUUCUCUUCCCCGGCUAUUCCGUCUGCCAUGGAAUUCACCAGCAGCACCUCGAGCUCAACAUCCAAUUUGGGUACUGUCUCGCCGCAAGAUCUCCUCGUGCAAGAACCGUUUAUGUCAGCGCCGAACUCGACCGCCCUCACGUCUUUGACUUCGCCCUCCAUCUACAACGAGUCUCCCGAGUUUGACAGCUUCGACGUCUCGCCUAGCUUCGACGGCGUUGAGUUUGACGGCUCGGCAGAUCCCUGGUAUCCUCUAUUCCCGCCCGACUCCAGCAGUGGUGCCGAACAGGCGCGAAGCCUGGACAACUCUCCCGCCAACAAGUCGGAUGAUCUCGAGGACUCAACGCAACGCACAUCUACCAGCGGACGCAAGAAGUCAGACAGCUCGCCCACGGGUAGCGCUCGCCACUCUUCUGUCUCUGGUGUCAAUGCGCGCAAGCGAGACAAGCCUUUGCCGCCCAUCAUUGUCGAGGAUCCCAACGAUACCGUGGCCAUGAAGCGGGCGCGCAACACUCUUGCGGCGCGAAAGUCGCGUGAGCGCAAGGCUCAACGCUUCGAGGAUCUGGAGGAGCGUAUUGCAAAAUUAGAGGCGGAGCGCGACCAUUGGAAGCGCAUUGCUUUGUCGCAAACGGAUGCGCAGUAG